AUGAAUAAUACUAUUUCGAUAUUUAAUAUAUUAUUGGCGUUUCUAAUCAUGAUUGAUUUUUUCGUUGACGCUGAUCCAUUUACAUAUCAAAAUGAUCCAAGAGUUAUUUAAAUUCAAGUAGUAAAUUUAUUGUAAGGGCCAUCUAUAAACGCUUGCUCAACUGUAGCAUCUCCCUAAACUUUUUAAGUUCCAAUAAAUUUUUCUCCAGGCUUUGCAGUAAUACCUCAAGUAAUCCUAGGUCUUGUCUAAAUAAAAGGGACAAACUAAAAUUUAUUAGGAUUUUCUGUUGCUGCAACUUAAAUUACUACAUCAGGAUUUUAGAUCGUUGUUAAUUGCCAACAAAAUUUAGCUAGUAACUAAUUGGUUACUCUAAAUGUUUAGUAUUUAGCUACAAUUUUGUCUAAUGUUGAAAUUUUGACAAAAUAAUAUCCUUCCACUGCUUUGUCUUCACUAAUAACAGGAUCUAACUAUCGAUAUAUAAAUGACUAGAUAUCAUUCACUAUGACGAAAAAGUAAAUUCCUGUAGUUUAUCCCUUUUUAACUGGGUUCAUUAUGUAAAGUGGAGCUGAUAAAAGAUUUAUAAUCAAAGCAGAAAUUUCGAAAAUUGGAUUAACUUAAUUCACUCAUACACUUUCAACAAAUUUAUUAUGCUCUCUCUCUUUUGCCCAAGUUCAAUUCCUUACUUUUUGGGGAAUAGAAACCUCCAAUAAUUUAUUAGCUGCAUAACCUAAUAGUGAUGAUAGACCAAACCCUUUACUUAAUAAUUUUUGGAAUUUCUAUACUGAUCAACUCAAUACUAACCAGACUGCCAUAAAUAUUUUUUAUGGGAUAAGCUAAUUGGAUUUAGCUAAUUUUAACCCAACUACUCCUUUGACAGGUCCUGAUGUCCCAGUUGAAGUCAGUGUGCAGUAGCCUACUUUCUAAGGAAACGAGUAUCUAUUUAAAAUAGGGUCUACUUCUGGAACUAGAAACUAUGAAACUUUUGUCCCAUGGAUUAUUUUCUUGCUUAAAAGAUGUCCAGCAAACGAAUAUUUAUAGCAAAACUAUCUUUGUAGCACCCUUUGUCCCUUUAGUACCUUUUAAUAAAUUAUUAACUACUAAGGAGUAUGCUCAAAUUGUGAUAUCAGCUGUUCAUAAUGUAAUGGCCCAAAUUCUAAUUAAUGCACUUAGUGCCCUUAUCCAAGUAGAGUUCUCUCUAAUGGUAUGUGUUUAUGCGCUUAAGGAUAUUAUUAAGGAGGUACUCCUUCAUAGCUAUGCUCAUAAUGCAGCUAUAAAUGUGAAACAUGUUUGAAUAGUGCUGAUAAUUGCUAAAGUUGUACAGCUAAUAGAGUAUUAGCAACUAAUUGUGGAUGUCCCUCGGGAUAUUGGGAUCAAGGAGUCUUUGAAAUAUGUCCAAGUUGUUUUAGAACAUGUGCAUAAUGUAUAAAUGGUGAUUAAAAUUAAUGUACUGCUUGCAAAGUUGGUUAUUAACUAAUAAAUGGAGCAUGUAUUUGUCCUGAUGGUUUUUAUGAUGACAUGACAAAGAACUAAUGCAGUUAAUGCCACUAUAGUUGUAGUACUUGUAAUGGUGGAACUGAUCAAGACUGUAUAAGUUGUAAUAGUAAAUUAAAUAGGUAACUGGUUCAAGGAAAAUAAUGUUUAUGCUCAGUUGGUUACAAUGAACAGAAUAAAAUUUGUGUAUAAAAUACUAAACUAACUUGCGUUGCUUACUGUGAUACAUGUCUAAACUCAACAACUUGUUCAAUUUGUCAAAGUGGUAGAUUAUUAGUUUCGAAUGCUUGCAUAUGUCCUAAAGGAUAUUACAGUAAUUUAUAAACAUCGUUAUGUGCCUAAUGUGAUUCAACAUGUAAAACUUGUACAGGACCAUCUCAGUAUGAGUGUACUUUUUGUAAUAAUGAUAGGACCUUGUAAAAUGGAAUGUGUAAAACUAAAUCAUCAACCAACGAUUCAAGUAUAAAUAUACCUUUGCUUGUAGUAGUAGUAUUACUAGUAGUAUGUGUGAUCAUUUUUAUACCUUUUCUGAUGAGAUGGACAUAUUAUUUGAGCCAAAAAAUAUGGCUAAGAAAACAAGCUAUGUCAGAAUUUCUUGAUAUGAAAGCAAAAGAGAGAGAAGAAAGAUUGAAAAGAGGCGAAGGAGAUAUUAUCAUUCAUGACCCAAUUAUAAUCACUGAUCCUUCUGAAGAUAUUUUAAAUGGAAACUUAGAUUAAUCAAUCAUAAAAGAGUCAGUUCUUCUAAGAGACCACUAGUUACAUUCUAAGCUAAAAUAGCCUUAGCCUGACAAAAAUGGUUAUUUAAAUAGUUAAAAUCCUUUAUCCCCAACAAACCCUCAUUUAUAAGUUUUAUCUCCGAAAAAACAAUAAUUAUGA